UCAGAUUGCUUCCGUUUCAUGGCUACAUGUGCUGUUCGCUUGUGGGCUCUGGCGCUGUCCAUCUCCGUAAAAUCUCUGGAGUACCUUGUCAUAAAGUCCCUGGAUCAUCCAUCAGGAUCGGAAUUAUAAGCCAAGGGGUCCUACUAUUACCGAACGUUCCCUUUCUUCCCCAUUCGUUACCACUUGAAGAUGAGGAGAUUUUGUGGUUGCCGACCUUACCAGUAAAACGAAUUGUCGAGAACUGUGUCCUAGUAAACAAGAUGACUGGUGGCUAUGAUAGUCCGCUGUGGUGUUUCUAUGCUCGUCAAUGCAGAUUUAGUCUCUCAGAUGAAGCUGUUACAUUGGCUCCUACUCCCGAGCUCGGUGCGAUUGAUGUUGAUUUACUCCGCAGGUACCUACCAGUUAAUCAUCUUCUUUUCCUUCCCUUUUCUUCUUCACCGAUGUAUUCCAUAACGCUCUUCCCCACAUGGAAACAACCAGAAUUUGAUUAACUAUCGAGGAUUUAAAGCUUCUGUCUAGCUACCUACUACCUUACCAAGCGCAAGCUGUAACUCACCGCCGACCGAUUGUGUUCUAUUCUUGUGCCCUAUUAGCGAAUCGCGUUGGUUCUAUGAUAAACUAAUUUGCAAUAUAUAGAGCCACUUUUUAAUGCCCCAUGCUCCUGUUUUCCUUGCUAUUACUCCGUACACCUACGUAGGUACCUUAGUUUCGAGCAUCUUGCACCAGCGGGGUUGUAUGGGAAUGCUUCCUCUUUUUCUUGUCGUCAUAUGAGCCCUGCAUGAUCCAUCCGUUGAUCACCAUACCAUUCCUUGUUCAUCAGUGCUACCGUUUUACACGCCAGAUCUUGCUUCUAUUGUCGACAGCCUCGAGCCCACUAGCAAGCAUUAAUCAAUCAUACACACCUAGGCCUAGGUUGCUGGAGUGUUGAUUGACCAAAGACCCCUCUUGAGCUGUUCUCAAUUCAGAAACUGGCCUGCCCUUGCUUGAUGGAUACUUCAGACGGAUAUCUAUUCGUUGCAUAAACAUCAUCGCCACUGCAACAGCCCAUCCCGUCUCCAUGUUCCAGCCGUAUGGUGCUCCCAGUGUUCGGCAUCCGCCAUCUGCGGCCCUUGGCAUCACCUUCAGCUUCAACCUCCAGGUCUAUCUCUGUGCCUGCCUCUGCCUCUGCCUCUGCCUCUGCCUCGGCCUCAGCUUCUAGCUCUCUGCUCAAGGCAGCCCCAUUUGUUAUUUCUGACGCUGCAGCAACAGUAGCAGCUCCUCCACCUAAAGCCUCUGCCAUUCCUCAUGGGCACCACUCACUAUACCAUGGCUUGUCUAUCCGCUCAUUCCAUCAUGCACCAUCUCCCCACCGUCCUCUCCAAACCAGGGGUAAAAAGACCACCACCACCAUAAAGCUCUCCGAUUUGCCUCAGGGACUUAUUCAACCGAAGCCAGCGUCUUCUCUACCAACGUCAUCGUCAGUUUCAUCUCCCCACGAUGAGUCGACAGAAGCCUUGCCGCUCCCGCUGCCGCGAUUACCCCAAGAUCCUCCCGCGUAUCCCACCGUGCUGCUUCAAGCCCGUCAGAAUAUGCUCAAGUUUGAUAAUUGUGUGUUGCUGACUCGGGUGGGCGGUUUCUACGAGCUCUACUUUGAGCACGCUGAGGAGUACGGGCCCCUGUUGAACAUCAAGGUAGCUAACAAAAGGACAAAUGCUGGCCUUGUCCCCAUGGCAGGUUUCCCCUUCUUCCAGCUCGAUCGUUUCCUUAAAAUCCUCGUUCAAGAUCUCGGUCGCCAUGUCGCGAUCGCUGAGGAGUAUCCAAACUCUCCCACAGCAAAAGUCAGAUCAGGCGGGUUGAUGCAUGAUCGUCGAGUUGCUCGUAUCAUUACCCCCGGAACUCUAAUAGACGAGAAUUUUAUGGAUCCAUAUGCCAACAACUACGUGAUGGCGAUUCAUAUUGACACAGGCAUCAAAGCCACAAAUACCGUCACUGAUGUUAAGACCGUUAUCGGCCGAGUGGCAGGCUCAGAAGGAGGACUAGCGGGCCAUGAACCCGAAUCAGACCACCCAUCACCAUCAGCUGUUGACGUUGGCGUUGGCCGAUGCGCUGGACAGUCUCGGGAGUUCCAAGACACCAUGUCACUCGGCCUAGCCUGGCUUGAUCUCUCGACCGGCUACUUCUGCACCCAAGAAGCCAAUCUUGCAUCUUUACCAACGAUAUUGUCCCGACUAUGCCCGCGCGAGCUUCUCCUAGACCAGGCUCUGCAGUCUUGCCCUGACAAUGGCCUAUCCGACCUCCUCACUGAGGAUCGCCACAUCAUCUCAUACGCACCCUGCCCGCAUGAUUCUUUGCUGUUUCAUCCGGAAAACUGGAUGCCCAUGCUAGAGUGUGCCCUAACUAAACAUGAGGCAUCCGCCUUCUCACCAGCUGAGGUACACGCUGCCGGCUUCCUUCUUGGUUAUGUCAAGGAUCGACUUCAAGGCAUGAGUAUGAAGUUGCAACCUCCGCUAAGAAACAAAGACAUGCAGAUCAUGGCUGUUGAUAAAAAUAGCAUGCGUGCUCUUGAGAUCAAGCAAACCAUUCGUGAUGGUGUGUUCCGGGGUAGUUUGCUACAUGCCAUUCGUCGCACUGUUACUAAAAGCGGUGCUCGACUCCUUAACGAGUGGCUGAGUGCACCGUCCACGUCUCUUGAGCUCAUCACUAGUAGACAAGACCUCGUCGCCCGCUUCAUCGACGAUGUAAACCUGAGUGACUCCGUAAUCCUCUUGUUGCGUAGGAGUCACGACUCUCAGCGACUUGUUCAGAAAUUCACACUUGGCCGUGGCGAUGCUAAUGACCUCCUCGAUCUGUCCAGUACCAUCGAUGCGACCAGGGAUGUCGUGAAUCUCUUGAAGAAUGCCAACGCUGCAUCUCGCAAGUCAGAGCACCACUGCCUGACUUCAUUGUUAUCUCGAAUCAGUCUCACGCAGCCCCUGAAACUUUCCCAGCGCAUCAGAGAUGCAAUCGAUGAAGAAGGUAUUGUGUCACAGCAUGACGCCCAAGAGUCCGAGGCCAGCCAGAUGUUAGCCCUUGCUGAGAUUGUCGUUAGCAACGAAGGUUCGCAGGACGAUGCGGCAUCUCUUCCUAAGGGCAAGCGAAAACGGCCCGUCAGUAUUCGGGAUUAUUACGCCGAAGAGAAUGGAGCCUGGAUCAUGAGACCUGCUGCGAGCCCAAACUUGGCAAAUCUUCACACUGAUCUCGCGUCUUUGACAGAAGAGAAAGCGACACUCAACGAAACCCUCCGCCAAAGAUUCAAUGCUCCUAGUCUAUCCCUCAAGUGGACACCCGGCCUUGGCCACAUUGCACAUAUCAAGGGUAAAGACGCUCGAAAUCUUGCUGAUGUACAAGCUCUGUCCUCGAGUCGUUCCACACGAUCUUUUCACAUCUCCGAAUGGACACUUCUCGGGCAGCGUAUGGACCAAGUUCGUGCUCAGAUUCGUGCUGAAGAACAAGCCGUGUUCUACACCCUUCGAGAACUUGUCGUCAAAAAUCUUGUCAAGCUGCGCCGCAAUGCCACCGUCCUCGAUGAACUUGACAUCACGACCUCCUUCGCUAAGUUGGCUCGCGAGCAGAACCUCGUCCGGCCCGUUCUGAACAACACGACUAGUCAUACCGUUAUAGGCGGCAGACAUCCCACUGUUGAGGGAGGCCUUUAUGAGCAGGGUCGAAGCUUUGUGAGGAACGACUGUCUGGUUGGAUCGCCAACUGACGGCCGGAUCUGGCUGAUCACAGGUCCCAACAUGGCCGGCAAAAGUACGUUUUUACGCCAGAAUGCUCUCAUCACGAUCUUGGCCCAGAUCGGCUGCUACGUGCCUGCAUCAUACGCAGAAUUGGGGAUUGUGGAUGCUGUCUUUAGCCGAGUGGGCUCAGCUGACAACCUCUACCGCGAUCAAAGCACAUUCAUGGUUGAGAUGCUGGAAACAGCAACGAUCCUCAAGCAGGCAACACCGCGGUCUUUCGUCAUAAUGGAUGAAAUCGGCCGGGGAACCACGCCAGAGGACGGCACAGCUGUCGCCUUCGCAUGCCUGCAUCACCUCGCGACCGUCAACCAAUGCCGCACCCUUUUUGCGACACACUUCCACACUGUGGCUGACUUAGCUCAAGAAGAGGGAUUGCGUUCAGCCGAGACAGGUGUAGUUCAGACGUAUUGCACCAAUGUAGUCGAGGAUGGCGAGGGAGGUUUCUUCUACAACCACAAACUUCAGAGAGGUAUUAACCGACAGAGUCAUGCACUGAAAGUCGCAAGGCUUGCUGGGCUACCGGAUCGAGCUAUUGAGGUAGCCAAACGUGCCUUGAAGCAAGAUGACUUCAUAUAGGUGACUGGUAUGUACUGACGGCAACCAAAGUCGCGCCUCUGAGGGGCGGCAAGCACGGCCAAUAAUAAAGAUUAAAAUAAAAGACUUGAUGAUGUUUUCUUGCAAACUUAUGGGAUAAUGGAUAAUAAGACAAACUACAAGGCGUGAGAAUGCAAUGGACAGAUAGAAUUAUUCGAUAUUGGUUCACCUCCAAACUCAAAUCCGUGCCUGGAACAUGCAACAAGAGUUCUAGACUUCCAUUUAGGAUAGAAAGAUUAACUAGAAGUGCGAGCUUUCUCUUAGUACAUAUGAUUAGGUAUUACCAUUCUUCUCAUAUCCUACAGUUUAGCUCGGCUAUUAAAUUCGUUUGGUAAACAUGCACGGACAUCACACUGAGGAAGCUUGAGAACAAUCGAGGGCGAGGAGACCUGUAUAAUUUGACCAUUAGCUUUGAUACUUUCAAAAGACAGCAUGUCAAAAUAACAUGAUUGUAAUGGGUGUCCGUCAUAGGGUGGUGAUGUGUGUGUCAUCAGGAGAUUCAGGGUUAAAAAGCUCUUGAACAAUUUAUAUAAUCAUCCGGAAAUGUAAAAAGGAAAA